ACAACAAGAAAUGGCAGUUUUUAUUAUUGCAGUUUCAAUUCUUUUUGGAAUAUUUCUUGUUGCAACACUUAAAGGCAAAUCCGGUUCCAACAAUUCUUGUGAUUUCACAAAAAAUAAUGUUCGUUAUAAUGAUAUUGAUAUGCUCGUAACAACUUUACAACAAUCAUAUAAAGAUCAUAUUGGUGUUAUGGUUAGUAAUCAAGGUUAUUCAGGAAAUGCGAAUGAAAAAGGAAACAAAUUUAAAAUUAUGAUGUGUAAGACAGAUGAUCUCAUCAAGAAACUGAUGGAUCAUAUCGAUAUUUUAAAGAAAGAGAAUGAAGAAAAUAAAUAG